GUCCGCGAAGCCAAAGGCCCGGUUCAGUUCGAGAGUGAGCCAGUAGGCUACGAGGGCAGCUUGCCGGGCGCCUACUGUUGUGGUCUCUUUCACGUUGACGUCGUCGUCCGCGAAGCCAAAGGCGCGGUUCAGUUCGAGGGCGAGCCGGUAGGCUACGAGGGCAGCUUGCCGGGAACAUCGGACGACGGCGAGACGUGCGCGCGCGUCCGGCCGCUACGCCGCGACACCUUCAAGAAGCGCAAGCUGCUGCAGAUGCACAAUCUGCACCUCGCCACCAGUAAAGCUGCGAAACCUUCCGACAUCAGGUGUUCGUGCGAGUACAAGGUGGAGAGUUGCGGCGUGUGCACGGGCCGCGCCGAGCCGCUGCAGCCCGCGCCGCCCGCCAGCACGCUGCCGCCCGCCGUGCGCGUGGCGCGCGUCGCGCCCGGCUACCACCCCGUGCUCAGCGACGCGCAGG